AUGUCUAACUCGAGAGGUAGACGAACAUCGAAGCCAGUGGGCAAAGACAGCGACCUACCAGACGGAGGGUGGGGCUAUGUCAUCGUCGUGGCGGUCUUUAUCGUGUACUUCUUACAGGCCGCACUGACGAGAUGUGCAGGGGUACUUUACACAAGCUGGCAAAUUGACUUCAACUCCAGUGCUGCUGAGACCGGGGCAAUAGUCAGCAUUAUGUCCUCAUCUUCAUUUUUUGCAGCUGUUAUGGCUAGUGUGGUUGUGAAUCGCCUGGGAUGUCGAUUUGCAUGGAUGUGUGGCGGUUUUCUGAUGUUUGCUGCACUCGUUUUGAGCUUUUGGGCCACGGAUAUAUUUCAAAUGUAUUUGAUAGGCGCUGUCACCGGACUUGGUAUCGCAUUAUGUUUCACAGCCGCUGGGGUUGCUUCUGCGCAGUACUUCAAUAAGUACUUUGCCAUAGUCAGUGGCUUCACGUCUUCUGGAAUUGGUUUGGAGUUAUCAAUCGUUUAUAUCGUUUAUGUGGUGUACAUCGUGCCCAUGGCUUUGGACUAUGGUUUCGAGCCAUUGGAUGCUACAUAUCUUCUUAGUGUUAUGGGCUUUGAAAGUCUUGGGGGUCGGGCCAUAAGUGGCUUUCUUAUCAGACCGAAUGUAUCAGCUGAAGCCGUGUUCGGUUUUUCCCAGUUGCUAUGCACUAUCGGAGUACUCUGCAUGCAGGCGGAGGGAGGCGGGGGACUGGUGACCUCAGCGUGUUUCAUGGGCAUCGGCACAGGGAUGUGCAGUGCAGUCAGUUAUGUCCUUCUUCGCAAAAUUGUUGGCCUUCACAACUUCGCAUCUGCGAUUGGGAUAUCCGAUUUGUUUGGAGGCAUAGGUGAUCUGGCAGGGCCAAUUUUUGCAGGUUGGAUGUACGAAGAAUUGGGGAGUUUAGUGGUGGUGUUCUACGUCUUGGCGGGCUUGCAAUUCAUAGCAACUCUGCAGAUAUUCUUGAUGCCUCUGUUGAAAAAACUCGAACCUGGGAUAGAGGAUGAUGACGGACAAACUCACCCGGUUCAGGAAUAG